UUGCCAUUAUAAAAACAGAUAAGUCGGUCUACGUCUACAACUGUGUCAAGUAACAAAAACAGCUCCCUUACCUUGAUCUUGAUUGUUAUUAAUUCUCAAUUUUUUAAUACCUUGGAUAUUUACUGUUCUACGUUGGGUUUUUGCAUUGUCUUGGAAAAAAGCUAUUGAUAGUCUAUGGUGACACACCAUUCAGCCGCUAUCCUUGACUUUGGAACUCCUUAGAGGCCAAAAUACGUUGUUCCGAGUACGUUUGACAGUUGGAAAAAUAAUUUCAAUUAUUUCUGAGAAACUUUUCGUAAAGAUGUCUGAUUUUAUUUCUAGUAAAACAGAUAAAUUGGUGAAUGGAUGGUUAACAAAUGGUAUGAGACCACUCGUUACUCAGCCAUGUAGUGUUCGGCUAGAAAACACGAUGAAUAAUACAAAUGCUACGUCUCUGACCAGCCAUCGGCCAAAUCAAGAAUCACAAUUCUUCAAGAGGCCGGAUCGGCCAAAACAAGCUCAGUCAUUAUUUAAGAUGCCUGAUCCGAUGAGAAACCAUACUCAGACCUCAACUCAAUCCAGACCAGUUCAAACCAAUUCACAACUGAAUUCGACUAUCAGCCAAAGUAGCAUGAAGUUUCUAAUUGAAAAUUACAGGAAAUCGUUUGUGCAAUGUUUAGAGUCUUAUAUCACCGAUUUUCAGAACACCACUCUCCAAAAUGAAGAGCACGCAUUGUUGAUGUACAGUGCACUCAACUCGGCAAUUUGCAAUGCUGUAUCGUCCUGCAGCUCUGAAAGAAAUGACGUAACAAGGCUGGGGAGGCUAUUUGCUGAGAUUUCGAAAAAGUUGGAUGACAUGUUGAAGACGUCUAAUUCAAUUAGCUUUGAUGUGGGGCGACAUGAUUGGCCUAGUACGGCCACUUCUGAAAACCAAGAUCCAGACUCACAUUCAGACACAACGGAAUUCGGAAGGGCUGCAUUUCAAUCUACACAGAUAGAUUUUAACCUUGAUGAAUCUAAACGUAGGUUUGGAUGUAAACCUUCUAGUUCAAGACCAACCACAUCCAAUCAGUCAAUCUUCAAAGAGAUUUUACACUCGAAAAUGCAAAACAAAGAUCGUGUACAUGUGUCAUUGAAGAACUAUACAUCGAUUCCGACUGAUGUGCUGUUGGGCCAGGCAUCAAGUGCACAGAGCUCUGACAUUCCACAAUUCUUUAGUCUCUCGCCAGAUUUGAGCAUCGGCAGGCAUGCUCGGUCCAAGUCUAACAAGAACCUAUCAAAAGUUGGAGUCAAGGACACCUCUCAUCGAAAGUUUGAUGCCGUUGCUAAAUCUCACUCACGCACACCAAUAACAAAUUGGACGAUUAAAACUCAUGAAAAUGGAAAGGUGGAACUUUUCGGCUGUGACUCGUCCAAGUCUUCCAGGAAAGUUUCGUUUGGAAUUGUGCGCAGCAAGAAGGGAAAUAACUUGAUACAAACGAAUAAAGGACUUUAUCAUCUUGUUGGCGAAAUUAAGAAAAACAAAGAUUUGCCUCACGAAGUCUGUCAACGAUUCAAGAACGAUUUCCCACGGACAUGGAAAAAAACUCUCAAUGAGUCUGGUGUUUUCAAUAAUUGAUUCAGAAUAAUCCAAUAUUAUGAUGAAUCUCACGAUGUAUGAGACAUUUAUAUUUAAGAAAUGCACAAAUUUUAAGUGUAGUGGAAGCAUAUUGGACAAGACAUCACCACGGUUUUGUAUGUUCAGUUUUGGGGAAGACCCCCCAGAAUAAUAAUUGUAAACGAUUAUCAUGUAUGCAAUUCUAAAGUACUGAGAGAAACUUACUAGAUUUUUCAGCCAUCUUAACAGACUAUUUCAUAAUUAUGUCACAUUCCUUAGAUUGAAAAUCAUGUUAUUUGGUAGAUUUAGUUUUGAUAAGUAUUAAAUCUUCUUCAUAAUGUAUAGUAUGUUGUAUAGUAUAUUCUUGUUUAUCUGUUGCAUAAGUAAUUUUACAAAUUUAUGAUAAGAAAAUUCAACUGAUUACAAACGAAAUAUUGUUUUAAUAAUGCAAUUAUGAUAGCUCAGGGCUCUUCCCUUUAUUUUAUUGUGAAUGAUCUCACUACUAUUCUUGUAUUCCAUAUUCCUACUUGUUAUUGUUUGAGUUCCACGUAGCUUUGUUUAGUACCGUAUUAAAAUAAUGCCAUUCAUUCAAUUAUAUUAUUUAAUAAAAAUGCAUUACAAAAUUGGUCCCACUAAACUUGAGUAGAUUUUACAGCAGGUGCCUACAAAUGAGCCCUUGAUUGCAAAAGUGGUGUAAGUCAAAAAUAUCAGUUAUCCAUAAUUGAAAGUUGAAGUUUAAGGUCAGCCACAAUGUUAUAUAAUGAAAUAGAACUACCUAUUUUUUUUCAUCAGUUCAAAAAUAUAUGUAUUUUUUUAUACAAUGACUAUUAUUUCAAAGAAAUUAUUAUUUUUUGAGUUAUUUAUGAAUAAAAUGACUUACACCACUUUUGCUAUGAAUGAUCAGUGAAAUUCAAUGACUUACUUCUAUAUUGAUGACUUACACCAGUUUUGCCCGCAAAUAUCAUCAUAGUAAUAGGUUUCCAUGCUGACAGUAGAAAAUCAAUAAAAAUAUUGGAUUUCUAUAAAAAGUUCAUUUUAUUCAGAUAAAUGGUACAUAUCAUUAAGGAUAUUAUGGUGAGUAUAAACAUAUGAAUCAAUAUGAAUAGAGAAAUAAAAAAAUUAUGGAAUUGGAAAAAUGAAAGUUUUUAAGUGUUACAAUGUAUUAUUUUAUGACCGAAUUUCAUCAUCCUCCUGUUCUUCCUCUCCACAAUCCAAAAGUGGGCCGUUGUCUUCAGUUUCCCUGGACGUUUUCAAUGAUUUGAAAAAUUCGUGAUGAACAGGGGGGAUAAAGGGUAGAAGAUCUAGCAUGUCUCUCUUCUUUAGCUCGGUUACUGGUCUGGUAGCAUUGAAUAGUCUCCUCUGCUUGAUAGCUGAAAAAGGCUGCUUAUUGGAGUCUUUGGCUGCAGGAAAUACAAUCUUACUGAACUGUGUUUGAGUGUCCAGGGUGGUUUUGUAGAGCAUGGUUAAUGGACUGUCACUACUGAACCUCAUCCACUGAAUUUUCAGCCAGUUUACUGGCAAGCCUUCUUCAUUCUUCUUUUUUCUUAUAAUUGAUUUUUCAAGCUGCACUGUAGUCUUGAAUUCAUCUUGAUUCAUUACAUGAACAUUAAACUUGUUUUUUCUCCUAGAAUUCCGAAUGGUUUCAAUCCAGUCAGAUGGCAUGUAAUGAGUUUUAUUUUUGGCUGCAGAUUCAAUAUUUCCGAAGUCGGAAUCAUUUUUCAUGAAAGAGUGACCAGACACCAGGAAUUUAUGGUCAAUGACAGAAAUAUUAUUUUCAUUAUCCAAAACAACUUUCAUCCAUGUUAAAGCUAAUUUUAUAUUACGAUUCUGCCCGGUGCAGCUGUCACUGUAGGCAAUAAGAUGACUUCUUUCCCUUAUUUCAGAAUUUAUAAACUUUGUAAGGCAAGAUGCUAUUUCUUGUGAUCCCCGGGAUGCAAUGGUCUCAUCCCAAACAUACAUCUCAGCUUUUUCAGUAUUCAGAUUGUGUACUCCUAAAUUGUAGCAGUAGAGGUUCCUCUUAUAAUAAGCAACUGACGUUGUUAAAGUCGGAAAUGGGAGGGCCUUUUGGAGAUCAAAUGAAAUAACACAGUAGUCCUUGUUUUGAUUGGCUAUUGAAACAUCAUCUUUCAUACUCUCUCUCGCUUUUUCUGCCUUGCGUAGAUGUAGCUCGUGUUGUAUCUUGAUGGAGUUUUUAUCUGACUCUUCAGCAGAGGCCAAUAAUUGAAAUUUGAACUUGUCGCACUGUUGACAGGUAUCCUUCCGAGGUGCAUGAAAAUGUAAGUUCUCUUCAUUGAAAAUUUUUCUAUAAACUGUCUCACUAACUGGAUUUGAAGUAAUAGUGUUGCAAUUUUCUACGUAGAGGUUGUACAUUUUCCUUACAUUUAGUUCUGGAUCCAAGUAUCGUCGAUUUGGGUUAUGCUGCCUGGUAUAAUGACUGGUGUAUGAUGGAAAGCUCAGAAUAUGUUUUCUCACUUCAUCUAUUUUCAUGGCACUUGUUUUAUUUACACUCUGUUCUUUUCCUCUCAGAUCCUGACCUACGUGUCCUUCUUUUUCUUUUUUCAAUGCUCUGGACAUUCUCCCAUCGGAUAUUUUAAAUGUGUUCAAAAAAUACUGCUUGCAAACAAGAAUGCUCUCAUUAUUGAUGUUCAAAAAAUACUUAUUCGUACAACUUUUGUCCCCUUUACUCCCAUCACGGUGUCUUCUUUGCUUAAUAGCUACUUUCUUAACAAGUCCACAAAUGUAGGUAUUUUGUUGAGAGAAAUUUCCCAUUGUCCAAAAAUGAUUAAAACACGAUUUCCUGGCCUCUUCUGGUAUCUUCGUGUGGCAUUUAUUCCUACAUGAACACUGAAUGUCCUCAAAGAUAACAUCAAUCCCCGAAUUUCUUCUAGUCUUCUUCAAAUUUCUUACCCAAUUGGUUUCAUUUCUUCUUCUUUUGGGCCUACUGACAUCAACAUCAGAAAUGCUAUCAGCUUCUGCUGGUCUCUGGUCUUCUGCUGGUUUCUGCAUUGGUAAUAUCAUCAGAACCUGGAAGCAUAAGAGUUCAACAUUUGAAAUUAGCAUAAGAGUACAACAUUUGAAAUUUUAUGGGCAAAACUGGUGUAAUUAAGUCGAUGAAGCUACAACAUAGCCUACUAGUUUAAAUUUUAUAUCUGUUAUUUCUAAUUCACAGCUCAUGAUUGAAGAAUCUUAUUGGAAUAGAAAUUAAUCUACAAUAAUAAAUAUAGCCUAUAUUAGACACACAAAUUGAGUGUAAUGCUUUGUUAUCAUAUAAAAUACACAAAAGGCAUUAUUUAAAAGUAAGGUUAGUUUUGUUAAUACAUUUUUUUACUCAUAACGGUGUUGAUUACAGUAAUUAGAAUAUUUAUUUACCUGCAUCUGGGUCUGAAGAUGAUGAAUCAUCAUUUGGUACGUAGUUCUUAUCAAAAUCGGAGUCAUCCAUGUCCGAAAUCGAGCUUUCUGAAGACAUUAUGGCAAUCUGCUUUCUGAAUCUGACUUACACCACUUUUGCACAAAUGUCUAUUUGAAAACAGUUUGCUACAGCCGACUUGUACUGGUCUCUAGUGGCAAUAAAGUGAAGCUAGACUUACACCACUUUUACACAAGACAGUUUGAAUAACAAGCUAUUCAAUGGUGGUAUUAACCAGAUUAUGACAAAAUUUGACUUACACCACUUUUGCAAUCAAGGGCUCAAAUAUUAAAAUACAAUAGAUAGAAUGACAUGCCAACUUUUAAACAUUAAAAUAAGGAGGAAAGUUUCCUAUAUUUAAAUAAAGUUUGGGUAUUUAAAAAGGAAUAUGAGGUAUAAUGUGGUCUAAAAAUGUUGAUAGGGUUAAUGGAGGAAGGGGAAUAAAACUGAAAACUCAAACUUGAAAUCAUAAAACUGAAUUAAAAUUAUAAGAAAAUAUUCUGAAUACUUAUAGUAAAUAUAAAUCAAUGAUAUUAAUUUACUUGAGAAUGAAGGAUAAUACCUAACGAAAAAAUACAAUAAGUAAUAGAAGUGACAAACGUUAUUAUCUAACUAUAUAAAAAUUAGCCACUCUAAGGCAGUGGUGUUUCACAUAGACAUAGACAAACAUUUAUUUUACCCACAACAUAAUAUCAGAAUGACAGAAAAGUCAAAAAAAAUGGUAAUUUUUUUCUUUGUCUAGAGUGUAGAUUAAAGGAUUGAGGCAGUCUCAUUGUUUCAUAUCUGUAUUGUAUAUUCUAAGUUUUUGAAGUUAAGUUACAGAUUAAUAAGAGAAGACCUCCUUGAUUUAAAAAUUUUUUCAUUACUAGAAUUUUGCAAUUGAGGUAUAUAAGCGCCUUCUACCUGUAUUGUAAACUAUUAUUUUGAAUGAAUUUUUCAUCUUUGAAUGAUAUUGUGAGUGAAUUAGGUACAUGUCAUGAUUAGUAUUGGAUAAUUUCUAUUUGUUUUAUAUUGCAUCUAUAUGAGUUGUAUAUUGUAGUUUAUUUGUUGUAUGGUCAUGGUUGUAUUGUUAUAUGGUCUAUUGUAGUUGAUUUAUUGUAUGAUCAUAUUUCAAAUUUAUCACAAGAAAAUUAAUGAAUUCCAAACAAAAUGUUGGUGAAUAUAAUAUUAAAAAUGUUUUUGAUGAAAA